AUGGACCCAAAGAGGCGUAAUCUCCAAGAGAUUUGGGGCUCACGAUACCAAGUCGACAAGCUCCAUGCUACGGGGUAUACUGGCAGCGGUAUCUGGAUUGGAGUGGUUGAUACCGGUGUGAGUUUAUCUCCUUGUCUUUAUACGCCUUGCGUGUCGGCCCUGGGUGGCUGCUUCGGCUCGGGCUGUCGGGUUGCCUUGGGGGGCGCUUAUGAUGGAGUCAUCAUCGAGUCUAACCCUAUGGACUUCCAUGGCCACGACAGCAUUGUUGCUAGCAUCCUGGUUGGCUACAGCAAAGAGCAUGGCUUCGUUGGUGUUACACCGAAUUGA